AUGGCAGUUUUUAAGUGAUUUGAGGUUAGAAGUAGAAAUUAAUGACUCCUUCGAAUAAAAACGAAACCGUUAAGCAAACGGAUUAUUUGAACAAUGUAAAACGAUUUUUUUAAUAUUUUGCAGUUGCCAGUGAGGACUUGUAACUUAAUAAAAUUUAAACCUAUUGUCUAUUGUCGACGAAAAUUCCAAAAUGCUGCGUCCAACUGCACAUUUAAUUGGUGAAAAGCCGAGAACGAGUGAUGUUAAAAUCAGUGAAGAUGUAACAUUCUCUCAAAUGGGCCUCUCACAAUGUGUGCUGGAUGGUUUGAUGAACUGUGGAUUUCAAAAACCCUCUCCUAUUCAGUUGAAAGCUAUUCCCGUUGGCCGAUGUGGAUUUGACUCUAUCGUCAAAGCUAAAUCAGGAACAGGAAAAACAGUGGUUUUUGGUGUGAUUGCUUUGGAAAUGAUUGACGUCAAACUGUCAUCGGUUCAAGUGAUAAUUUUGGCGCCCACACGAGAGAUAGCAUUGCAAAUUUCUGAAGUUCUCGUUGCAGUAGGUUCCGAAAUCAAAGGAAUGCAGGUGCAGUGUUUCAUCGGAGGUACACCAUUGCAAAAUGAUAAAAUUAAAGCCAAUAAUUGUCACAUUGCUGUCGGUGCCCCAGGCAGGGUGAAACAUCUCAUUGAGAAAGGACUUCUCACAGUAGACAGCGUACGGCUAAUGGUACUUGACGAGGCUGAUAAAUUAAUGGAUACCAAUUUUCAAUCGGAUGUUAAUUAUAUUUUCGCCAAGUUACCCAAAAAUAAACAAAUAAUAUCGUCCAGUGCAACGUAUCCCGACGACUUGGAAUUAUUCUUAUCAACAUACAUGAUAUCACCAGUUCUGUUAACGCCGGAUGCUAAGGGCUCCAUUUUAAUGGGCCUCAGACAAUUAAUUGUCAUUGUUCCAUCUCACCCAAAUACUAUGAAACAAAUCCAAAUAAAAAUACAAGAAUUGAAAAAAAUUCUUACAAAAGUUCCAUUCAAACAAUGUUUAGUGUUCUGCAACUAUCAAACCAGAGCUCAAUCAAUAUGUAACCGUGUAAACAGUGAGGGACACCCAUCAACAUAUAUUGUUGGAAGUCAAGAGAUGAAAAAACGCAUCGAGACAAUUAAUAAAUUGAAAAAUUCUCAAUGUCGGAUUCUAUUCACUACUGAUUUGACAGCUCGAGGAAUUGAUGCUGAAAAUGUGAAUCUCGUGAUAAACUUUGAUAUUCCAAAUGAUGGUGCUACCUAUCUCCAUAGAAUUGGUCGAGCUGGCCGUUAUGGAUCUCAUGGGAUUGCCAUUACUAUCGUAUCCCAUAACGAAUUGGAGAAAUUUAGGGAUCUCAUGCAUAUUGUCGGGGGAAGCAAUUUCUCACUGCUGAAAAUGCCCGCUGAAUACCCAGAAAACAUAUGGACGUCGGAUGAUUCAAUAUUCGAAAAAAUUUAUGCAAAGGCACAAGUGGAAGGUGAAAAAUCUGACACUGAUCUUACGAAUGCAGCAAGCAAAAUUUCAUCGCCGGUGGAAGCUUCAUCAGUCAUUCCUGACAAAUCUAACGACAACUCCUCUACCAUCGAGAACGUUCAUCUGACAAAGAAAUCCACACAACAGAAGCCCAUUAAUAAUUUGAAUGAAGGACAUGAACUGAUAAAAGAAAAUUUGAGCUCCAUUAAACCACAGAAGCUCACUGAUUUUCUCAAACAAAUCUUGAACAACGGCAGCACUGAGAGUGACAUGAAGGAUCGCGAACCGAUAAAAAUUGAAAAACCAUCAAACCUUGAGAUUCUUCAAUUAAAAUCUUUACCAGACGAACCGUCAAAAUAUCAAAUGAUGAACGAUAAAGUCGAAUUCUCAGUGAGCCUGAUACCAGAUGUGGCGGAGUCAAACGUUAAUGAUAUGUUAGAAUUCUUGGAUUAUGAUAUUACUGUGAAGGAAAACAGUGAUAAUAGUCAAAUCCGCAAUGAAUUUACACCAAUAGUUACACCUUUGGACAAUAUUGAGAUUCCAGAUGAUUUUGAAAAUUCCGAAAACGCUUACUUUUUAAAAAUUUAUCAGGGCUUGAAAGACUGGUUGAAACUUGAAAAAUCUAAGGACCAAACAUCACAUGAAAAUGAAGAUGAGGCUUUGAAAACUGCUCGUCUUUGGAAUAAAGUAUUGGAGCAUGAAAUCGAGAAUUUAAGCAGAUGUUUGGACAGAAUAAAAGAAUGUAGCAAAGAUCAAGAGAGAUAUUCUAGUUAUAAAGAUUAUUGGUUGGCAUUGAGAGAUUUCUUUCAAGUGCAAAAGAGAGCACUUCUCUGUGUAUAUCCGGAGCUUCGUAAUGAUGCAGAAGUAAUUGAGACGUACUCAUAUUCUACUCAGGGUCACAUCAGCAAUUUUGUACAGAUGUACCAAAAAAUUGAAAAUUUCAAGAGCAUCCACCGUCCAUCGCGCACUAAAUUUCAAGCCCAUUUUCCCUAUUCCGUUGGGACUAAUGAUCCAUUUGUAAAUCUUAUGAUGUCCCCCAGUGAUGUUGAUAAAUAUUCUCGCGCCAUUCUUUAUCUUCGUAAAAAUCCGCAGCCACAAACGCAUCUAUUAGCAAUCAUGAAGAAUUCUGUAGCAACGAAACAAUCUAAUGAAAACGAAUUUGGUGAAAAUAAGAUUAUGGAAUUGAAUAUUUCAGAGCCUGUGGAAGUGCAAGGUGUUGGCCAAGAUGAAGAAGAACUGCAGGGUGUUCCAAUCAGUCCGAGGUCUUUAAAUAUCAGAGAGACUGGUACUUUUUAUAAUUCCUUUGACACUGGCCUUCCUCUACAAAAUAAUUCUGCUCAUGAUGUUUCCCAAAUAACUAGAGAAAAAAAUAUCAGAGACACGUGUAGUAAUGUUAGACCCAGAGCCGUUGAGCUAGUGAAGGAGAGUCCAGUGCCAGCCCCCUUGAUUAUUCAAACAUCAAAUUUCGAAAAAAAAUUUAAUUAUGAUGCACAAUCUCGGCAGAUGAAUUAUUUUGGGAAUAGUAUUCAUUGGCCAGAUCUGUCUUUCACCGAUCAUUUUGAUCAAGCUGAUAGCACGGAAUUUCAACGAAAUAACUUUUAUGAUGGAAACCAAUGUGAUGGAUAUAACAAUAUUGAUGAAUUUUUGAACAGACUGUGUUUUGAUACUCAACUGCUGCAUCUGCAGGAAUAUACCUCGUUAAUUUUGGAUUGAGAAUAAAUUGAA